CAAUAGUGUCCAGCCAUGACCGGCCGAGGGAGGGCAAGAUCACGAGGAAGGGCCCGCAGUCGGGAAACGCCUGCUCCUGGGCCUGAGAAGCCCGAUGAGCCUGGCCCCAUUGAGGACCCGCAAGCUGAAGCAAAGGUUGGCAGAGGAAGGCAAAAAACUACUCCAGGCCCCUUUACUGAAGGAGAUCUCCUGCAGAUUUCAGCGGGAUUUCAACAAGUGAAGAUUGGUGAGCGUGGCGGCCAUCGUCGAGAUUUCAAUGAUGCUGGAAUCAACACCAGGCAGGCCAUGGAGCACGUCAGAGAUUCCAAAUCUGGAACAUCUGGACGGGCCAUUCUGCUCUCUGCAAACUAUUUCCGUAUCCUGUCCCGGCCUCAAUGGGUUUUAUAUCAGUACCACGUGGGCUUCAAUCCUCCAAUGGAGUCUCGGCGCCUCAGAUAUGCACUUCUCUUCCAGCAUGAGGAAAUCCUAGGCUCAGCCAGAAGUUUUGAUGGAGCAAUACUUUUUCUGCCUCACAGGCUGCACAGCAAGGAGACUGUGCUCUACAGUGAGACCAGGAAUGGAGAAAAUGUUCAAAUAACUGUGACACUGACCAAUGAGCUGCCACCAGUCUCACCUGUGUGUAUCCAGUUUUACAACAUCAUUUUUCGAAGGAUUUUGAAACUGCUAAAGAUGCAACAGAUUGGAAGAAACUACUACAACCCAAAUGAUGCUCUUGACAUUCCAAGGCACAAGUUGAACAUAUGGACUGGUUACACUACCACUAUCUUGCCAUUUGAGUCUGGCAUCAUGCUGGGCACUGAUGUGUGCCACAGGGUUCUUCGUAGUGAGACUGUGCUUGAUUUCAUGACCAAUCUCAAGCAGCACUGUCCUGCUCAUCGUUUCCCAGACAUCUGUACCAAAGAGCUUGUUGGUCUGAUCGUCCUCACAAAGUAUAAUAACAAAACCUACAGGGUUGAUGACAUAGCAUGGGAUCGCACACCCAACAACACUUUCAUGAAGGGAGACACUGAGAUUUCUUUCAGGAACUACUACAAUAAUCAAUAUGGUAUAAACAUCCUUGAUGGCAAUCAAGUGAUGCUUGUCAGCAAUGUAAAGAAGAGGAUGGGUCCUAGUGGAGGCCCUCCUCCUGGACCAGCCAUGUUGGUCCCAGAACUUUGCUACCUCACAGGACUGACUGACAAGAUGAGAGCAGAUUUCAGCAUCAUGAAAGACUUGAGUGCACACACGAGACUGAACCCUGAAGACAGACAAAAAACGCCCUCAACAGAUUUAUUAUGAGUGUACAGAAGUAAAAAUGAUGAAGCACAGUCAGAGAUGGACAAGUGGGGCCUCAGCUUUGACAAACAACUCAUCCAGCUGAAUGGCAGGGUGCUUCCUGUAGAGAGGAUGUUCCAGGGACAGAGAUCGUACGAGUAUGAGCCUUGGUCAGCUGACUGGGCCAAAGAGAUGCGUGGAAUACCUCUGAUAAGCUCUCCUCCACUUUCCAACUGGUUGUUGUUUUUCACACGACGCAACAGCAAUGAAGCCCAGGCACUUCUGCAAAGUCUUGGGAAAGUCUCUGGUCCACUAGGUAUUCGUGUUCAGCGUGCUGUGAUGAUUGAAUAUGAGGAUCAUCAAGAAUCUCUGCUCCGAGCCCUACAGCAGAAUGUGACUCCACAAGUACAAAUGGUUGUUGUGGUUCUCUCCAGCAACAGAGCAGACAGGUAUGACACAGUUAAGAAAUACCUCUGUGUGGACUGCCCCACACCCAGCCAGUGCGUGAUGGGUCGCACCCUGAGCAAACCGCAGGGGCUGAUGUCUGUGGCCACCAAGAUUGCACUUCAGAUGGCCUGCAAGAUGGGAGGAGAACUGUGGAGCGUGGAGAUUCCUCUUAAGCAGCUGAUGAUUGUGGGCAUUGAUUGCUAUCAUGACACCACAGCGGGAAAAAGGUCAAUUGGUGCUUUAGUGGCCAGUCUGAACCAGAGCAUGAGCAGGUGGUACUCGAACUGUGUCUUGCAGCACAGAGGUCAGGAGAUCAUGGAUGAGCUCAAGAAGUGCCUUUGUGGUGCUUUGAAAGAAUACCUGAAGUUCAACCAUUGUCUGCCCUCUCGUAUUAUUCUGUACCGAGAUGGGGUAGGAGAUGGCCAGCUCCACAGUGUCGUCAACUAUGAAGUCACACAGAUCAUGGAGGCGAUCAAAUCUAUGGGCCAGGACUACACGCCAAAGAUCAGUGUGGUGGUAGUGAAGAAGCGCAUAAGCAGCAGAUUCUUUGCGCACAUCAAUGGUAAAGUGUCAAACCCUCCACCGGGCACAGUUGUUGACUCUGAUGUCACCCGCCCAGAGUGGUAUGACUUCUACAUUGUGAGCCAAGCUGUCCGUCAAGGAAGUGUCUCCCCAACCCAUUACAAUGUUGUGUAUGACACUAGUGGACUGAAGCCUGACCACAUGCAGCGCCUCACCUACAAGUUGUGCCACAUGUACUACAACUGGCAGGGAAUCAUCAGAGUGCCAGCUCCAUGCCAGUAUGCUCAUAAGUUGGCCUUCCUUGUGGGACAGAGCAUUCACAGGGAGCCCAAUGUCAAACUUGGCAACCUGUUGUUCUACUUGUAGAUCACUAGACUGCAUUCUUGGUUUGUUUUACAUGUU